UAACGAUAAAGAAAAUAGUGAUAGAUCUCUUGUCCCAUUUAUGGAAGUUAUCGACCAAGGACUGAUAUCUCAUCAUGCUUAUCGUAAACUAGCUGCAAUUCAGCAUGAAUUAUCACGAGCAUAUGAAAUUUCAGAUACCGAAAAAGAUAUUAACCAAGAAAUGAGCACCCAAAUACCUAUUUUUACCCUAAAUAUUAAAAAUAUGUCUCUUGAAACUUCUGAUGUUGAUCUAGAGGUUUUAAAAUAUAUUGGUAAAGCAUGCUAUAGACGCAUUACUGAUAUCCUCAUAUUUAUAAUUCCAAGUCUUGUAGACCGAAACAUUCUUAAUACAAAUGAUCUUGUCAUUAAUAUUCGAAUUUCGGGUGAUGGGCAUAAUGUCGAGAGUUGA